GAGAGGGACGCGGGCGGAGGGCAAAGAGCGUCAGAUCAGGAUUGCUGAAGGAGAGCUGAGAAUGAAACCACCAUUUAUUCAGCACUCAGAAUGCUCCAGGCAGUGUAAUCUCAUUCCAUCUUCAUUCAUGACUCCAGACAGGUAUGGCCACCAGUGCUCCAGAUUUAUAUUCUAUUAACCUCACAACCCCAGUGGAAAAAGAAUAUCUCUUUCCUGAUUGGUCCAGCAGAAAUCUUGGUAUUAACUCUGACUGCCCACACUUGAAUAUGAACUAUUAAGUUUUGCUCUUGUUGCCCAGGCUGGAGUGCAAUGGCGUGAUCUCAGCUCACCACAACCUCCGCCCCCCGAAUUCAAGGGAUUCUCCUGCCUCAGCCUCCCAAGUAGCUGGGAUUACAGGCAUGCGCCACCACACCCUGCUAAUUUUGUAUUUUUAGUAGAGACAGGGUUUCUCCAUGUUGGCCAGGCUGGUCUCGAAUUCCCGACCUCAGGUGAUCCGCCCACCUCGGCCUCCCAAAGUGCUGGGAUUACAGGCGUGAGCCACCACUCCCGGCCAACAAUACAUUCUUUAAUAAUAAGUAAUAAACAUUUUUAAAUACAUUUAAUACUUUUAAUAAUACUAAAAUUAAUUUAAUAAUUUUAAUAUUUUAAUAAUAUCUCAAAUAUUUUCAGCAUGUCGUCAAUAUGUAUAUAGCCUAGCAUUUGGUGGGAGAAGGUGUAUUUCUUUUGUGUACGUGUUAGAGUUGGGAAAAUAGAGAACAAUGUAUGGUUGUAAUAUAUUGUAAAUAUGGUUGUAAUCAUCAAUUGACUAUCACAAUUCUUUCAAUUACAAAAUAGUUUGUGAACAUGCCAUACAAAUAAAAAGUAGUGCUACUAAGUAUAAAAUUCCAAACAUCUUGGGGCUACCUGUUAAAAUUCACCCUGUACUCUUGAAAGCAAACGUGCAUCUAAAUAAACUAAAAUAAAGAUUUUACUACACUGGACUUGGAUCGAGCAAGAUAUCUUCUCAGAGCUCUUUCAUGGUUGCAUUUGAGAUGACUGCCACUGCCUCUCCACUCGCAUACUCUGCCAUGAAAUUGCCCUUUGCACACCUCUGCUGACAGGAUAGAACUGGGCAGUCAUGUUUGUGCUUUGGUGAUCCUGCCCUUCCAUUAAUCUGAGUGGAUCACCUAUGGAAACUUCACUCAAGCUGAGCCAAUCAUGUUCUGUCUGUCUAGACAAUGUAAACUAAAAGACAUAGAUGGUUUAAAUUGGGGUACUGAACUUUGAGUAGAGGCCAGAGUCAGUUUUAUGACAAGUCAUAGACACAAGUAGAACUAGAAGGUAUGGGGAAGGAGAAACUAAGAGGCUUGCAGAAAAGGAUCAAGAGUAAGGAGAAGCUAGCCCACAGCUCUCUAGUGUCAGCAAGGCCUGAUUACUUCCCGCAGUUGCUUUCUGUAGUAUUAUUUCCUAUCUCUACAACAAUCUAUUUUUUUAUUAGAACUAGUAAAGUUUACUAGAGUUUCUGUACCUUCUCACAAACUCAGAGUAAGACAUUUGUGUAGUUCUGUAGAAAUACUCUCAAAAGCAAGGUGAAGCCAUUACACACACACCACACAUACACACAUAUGUAUACACAUAUAUAAUUUUAGUUUCCUUAUUUGUGAAAUGGAGAAGAUACUUCCUGUAUUACAAGAUAGGUGAGUAUUAUAAAGCAUCAGUUUAAAAAUAUAAUCAUAAAAAUAUUAAUAUGUAAGUGUGCUCUUUAGAUCCACUUAGUUUAGUAACUAUUAAACAAAUUGGUCCCUAACUAACUCCUAGGUCAUUUGGAAUAUUUUAGGUGGAAAUGUACUGCUUUAGCUUCUCAGACUUAAAAAUCUCAGUGUUUAGGGGCAUAGAGAUGAGAGUAAGUAACCAGAUCAAUGUUGGUUUCCCACUAUUCCUUAAAAGGUAAUCUUUAUUAUGUUUCAUCCUCCUUUUCCAAUAGAAACACACACACUGACCACAUACCUACUCAUUCACUUAUACUUUCAAGCACAGGAAUUCAGGAAGAAAUAAUAGCAGAAGGCCUUUUCAUACUGUCUGUACUGGGAUGUCUGAUCUUUUGGCUUCUCUGGGCCACAUUGGAAGAAGAAUUGUCUUGGACCAUACAUAAAAUACACUAACACUAACAAUAGCUGAUAAGUUUUUUUAAAAACCAAAAAUCAAAACAAAACAAAACUAGCAAAAAAAACUCAUAAUGUUUUAAGAAAGUUUACAAAUUUGUGCUGGGCUGCAUUCAAAGCCAUCCUGGGCUGCAUGCAGCCUACUGGCUGUGGGUUGGACAAGCUUGGUCUAUAUUUUUUGUUUGUUUGUUUGCUUGUUUUUUGAGACAGAGUCUCGCUCUGUCACCCAGGCUGGAGUGCAGUAGCGCCAUCUGGGCUCACUGCAAGCUCCGCCUCCCGAGUUCACGCCAUUCUCCUGCCUCAGCCUCUCGAGGAGCUGGGACUACAGGCGCCGGCCACCAUGCCCAGCUAAUUUUUUGUAUUUUUUUUUUUUUUUUUUUAAGUACAGACGGGGUUUCACAGUGUUAGCCAGGAUGGUCUUGAUCUCCUGACCUCGUGAUCCACCCGCCUCAGCCUCCCAAAGUGCUGGGAUUACAGGCGUGGGCCACCGUGCCCGGCCUCAUUUUUGUAUUUUUAAUAGAGACGGGGUUUCACCAUGUUGGUCAGGCUGGUCUGGAACUCCUGACCUCGUUAACCCCCCCGCCUCGGCCUCCUGAAGUGCUGGGAUUACAGGAGUGAGCCACAGCGCCCCGCCUAGCUUGGUCUAUAUUAAGUCCCUACCAUCCAUCCCUCAGCCACCUCCCUCACUGACUCUUGGCUUAGUAAAGUGACUUGUUUGACCAAUGAAAAAAUAGGAAAUGUGACACAAGCAGAGACUAGAAAAGUGACUACACAUAGAAACUUUUCUCUUGCUGGUUUUGGAACUGUGAAGUAGCCCAGGCUAGUCUGCCACAGGUUGGAGACAUGCAGCCCAAUUGCCCCUGUAGCUUCAGCCACCCACCAAAUAUGUGAGUGAGGCCGUUCAUAAAAAAUCAGACCCCAGAUGAAAGCAAAAUGCAGCUGCAUGAGUGAGUCUAGGUGAGACCAAAAAAAGAAUAUCCACAUGUUCAACCAAAAUUGCCAGUCUACAGAAUUGUGAGCUAAUCAAUGAAUAUGCUUUUAAGGGACUAUAUAUUGGAGUGAUACAAGCAAAAAUUGACUAAUAAAAAAAUUUGUGUCUGUAAAUGGGGUUUUGCCACGACAAAUAUCUAAAAUCUAUGACAAUGGCUUUAGGACUAGGCAGCUGAUGCUGAAGCUGGAAAAGCUGUGCAAUCAGGCUAUCAGCAAAGACUGGAAUAAUUAUAAAAAAACUGUUAGCAAAGACUGGAAAAAUGUUGAGCAAACGAUUAGUGGAGGCUGGAACAGAAGUAAGUAGAUUGCUAUGGCAGGCUGGAAAACUGGUAACUCAUACUGAAUAGUAGUGAAACAAUAAAACUCACCUGUGGUACCUUGGAAAACAAAAAAUAUAUCUAAUGACUUGUGUAUCUGAAAAAAAAAAAGACAAAACUUCUGGGCAGUACCAACUUUCCUGCUAGCUGAAUAUCAGAAAGUAGUGUAAUAAAAUAAAUGAGCUGAAAAAUGAACGAUUACAUUUGUAAAUAGAAUUUAAAAGACAAUGACUUUGUGCCUGGCAGAGGAAAUGUUAAGAAUGUAAAACUGCACUGUAUUUUAUUCUAUUUUUAGAUUUUUAAAAAUUCAAUAGCAGUUUGUGCUUUUUUCCUUGGGUUUGCAAAUUCUGUGUCUUUUACUACUUCUGCUAUGAUGUUUCAUUAGAAAAUUAAUGCUAAGAAAUUUGCCCAGUUACACAGCAAGUGGUAAAGCCAGGAUUUGAUCCUCAGCUAUCUGGCUUCCAAGUUAGUAUGCUUUCCAAAAUACCUUUCCCUCUUCCCUUUUUUCCAAAUUAUUUCAGCAGGGAGAGGCUUCCAAUUUAUAAGUUAUUUAACUUAAAAUAUAUACUAUAUUUUCAUUUUAAAAACUUCUCAAAAAAUACACAGGAGUUUUACAGGACUGAAUCUUUUUAACAUUCAAGAUGGUUGAUAAAAUGAUACAUUAUGUAUGAAGGGCUACAAUAUGCAUUCCAUUUUUGCAAUUAAAAUAGGGUGGAAAUUAUGGUUUGUGCUGUUAAAGGUGAACUUUCUCUUUGAUAUCUGACCCGUAAUAUUCUCCUGGUACAUCUCCUGCUGCUUCUGGCUCAGUAUUUUCCCCUUUUUCUGGAUAAGCUUUUUUCUCUGUUUUUAUUUUGAAAAUUCCCAUUUAGAUUAAUGAAAUGGAAUUUCCCCUGGCAGAAGAACACGGAAGAAAUGGAUUUUCAACAACAGGAGGCUGUAAUAUCAAACCUACUUAGGAAAGAAGGAAUACAUUCACUUAAGAUAAUUGCUCUUUUUUUCUCCCUCCGCAAGAGAAAGAGAAUGCUCCUCUUGGAGUGAUUUAAAGAUUAUUUUCUCUGGAAUUAGAGAACAUAGAUCACAUAAAUUUAAAUACUUUAUUCUCUGAAUUUCAGUAUUAAUCUCCAUUCUCUUGGGAUUUGGAAAAGAGAAAAUUCCCUUCUUUUCAGAACGUGAAUUCAAUAACAACUAGGCUCCCUCAAUGACCUUUAUUCCUGGCAGGAGAAAUUUUAAGGAUAUAAAAUGGUACUGCAUUUUAUUUAAUUUUUAAAUUUUAAAUUUAAUACUAGUUUGUGCUUUCUUGAGUUUGCAAAUUCUAUGUUUUUUUACUAUUAUUUACUGCCAUAUUUUAUUAAAAAAUUAAUAAAUGGAGUUGAUGUUUUGUGAUUUAUCAAAUAUCUGAAUAUUACAAAGAGAGAAUUGGAGCACAGCUUUAUAGUUUAUCCUGUUAUGUGGUGUCGUCACAAUGCACACUUUCUCAAUAGAGACGCUAUUAUCAUUUUGGGCAGAAAGGUAAUUCCUUGUGUGGGAUUGUUCUGAGCAUUGCAUUAGCUUAUUAUCCCAGUCCCAACACAUUGAAUGCCUAUAUAACCCCACAAUCAUUGUGGCAAACAAUAAUGCCUACACACAUUUACGAACACCCUUUGGGGAUGUGGUAUUGUCACCAAUUGAGGGAGAUUCACUGGUACAGUGCAUAUUUGAGAAAUCCAAAAUUCUCUACUUCUCCUCUCUAAACUUCCCCCAACAAAUUAUGGGAGUCUGUAUGGGGCAUCUUACUCAUGCUCAUGAAAUAAUCCUCUCAACUGCCACAAGGCAGCCACUAAUUUCCUUCUAUCCAGCUGAUUAUUACUGGCGCUUUUUCCUGCUACAUUUGUUUCCAGAUGCAGACUGGUGCAACUUACUUCACAGAACUUACCUAUUCCCUUCACAAUCCUACAGUGCUAGUAUUAACUGAGAUGAGUGGUAUGCCAAGGUUAGUCUUGGGGUGAGGAGGAUGGAGGGUAGAGGAGGAUGGAAAGUAGAGGAGGAAUGAAGCUGAGAGCUUGCUUCUUUCAGCCCAGAACCUGUGUUCAACAUUCUUCUCCCUUAGAAUAGUUAUUUCCCAAGAGUAUCUCAGUACCUACCAGAUUCUGAAUUCUAGGAGAGCAUGGACUUCUCAAGAAUGAUACCUGGCUUAUUAUUGGUACUUAAAUUCAUACACUAAACCUCCUUAAUAGAGCAGCAGUCCCUACUGGACCUCAAGUUAUACUCAAACAUGCCCCAUUCAAAUAGGGCCGCCUUCAAGUUCUCAGGCUGAGACCCCACUAUGAUUUUGGCUUUUAAAAACUUAGUUGACAUCUCAAGUAUGUUCUCACUUCAUGCUUCCAGUUAUAUAUAUUAUUCUGUUGUCCCGAACUUAACAGGUCCAGAACAAAAAUAUUAUAAUAUCUUACUCCACAAUAGCUCAUAAUCAGAACUACAAGGUUUGGAAUUUUAUCGUUUGUCAAUUGUUUCCAUGAUAAAUUAUAAAAUCUUUGGAAAACCAAAAUUAUAUUUUACUCCAUUUAUAUAUUUUCCAUAAUAUCUAGAAUAGGGCCGGGUACAUAAAAAUCACUUAUGGGACCAGUGGUGGCACUUUGGGAGGCACUUUGGGGACGCCUGAUCAACAUAGUGAGACCCCAUCUCUACAAAAAAUUUAAAAACUAGCUGGGCAUGGUGGCUACUCAAAAUGCUGAAGUGGAAGGAUCGCUUGAGCCCAGGAGUUCAAGGCUGCAGUGAGCUAUGAUUGUGCCACUGCACUGUAGCCUGGGUGACAGAGCAAGACUCUGUCUCUAAAAAAAAAAAAAAAAAAAGAGAGAAACAAAUUGCUUAUGAAUAAAUACUUGUUCACUAGUUUUAUUAGAAACUUAAAUUCUCCCAAGAUAGGCAUGAUUUUUAAAUGAGCUAGCUGGGAAGCUGGGAUAAAAUAUUUAAGAUUCAUUGAUUUUGGCUGGUUUCCUAUAGGCUGUAAUGUUUCAUGUUUUUUAAGCAAAAUGAAAUCUCACUAAUUAAAUUUUUUAGGAUUUAUGUCACCGAGUUAAUUCAUUCCUUAAUCUCUCCACACUCCUUUAAAAUUACUUACCUCUUGUGUAGAUUCAGUCUAUGUUAUAGAAAAAUUAUAAUGAAUGAAACUAAAUCUUCAGAAAAAGUUUAUUAAAUCAUUUUUGUGGAAUCUGAUAAACUAAUUCUAAAAUUUAUUCAAAGAAGCAAAAGAUCAAGAAUAUCUAGGAAGAAAAAAGCCAAUACACUAUUGAAGAAGAAAUGUGCAUAUAGAAGUAGAGAGAAUUUGCCAGUAAUAUUUCCAGUAUUAUUUAAAGUUUCACUAGUGUGUUACUGGUACAGGAUAGGUAAAUAUACCAAUGAAACAAAAGCAGGAACCUCAGAGACAGCCUUUACAUAUGUCAAAGAAGACUGGGCUGCAAUUUUAGAGAGGUGUAGAAGAAACGGACACUUUAAUAAACAAUGCCUGGAAAAUUCAUUUUCCACAAGGACCCAUGUCAUAACCAAAAAAUAAAUUUCUGGCAGGAAUUUAUUUAUACUUUUUAAAACUUCCUGAAGAAAAUAGAUUAUUUUUGCAACUGUAUGUUACAAAAAGAUUUAAGACAAAAAAGAGAAUCUGCAAAGUAAAAGAUAUAAAUACAACUAUCAAAAUUAAAACUUCUGUUUAUUGAAAGACACCAUAAAAAUGUGAAAAGACAAAAGGCAAGCCAUAGACUAGUAGAACACUUUUCUAACACAUGUUAAUUAGAAUAAAAUAUUAGUAUUCUCUAUAUUUUUAUAACUCCAAUAAAGACACAGAAACCAAUAGGAAAUGGGCAGCGACUAUGGAUAUCCAUUUCACAGAAGAGGAAAAACCAAUGACUAGUAACAUAAAAAGAUGUCCAACCUCAUUCAUACUCAGAAAAAAGCUGAAAUAUCAUUUUGUACCCAAAACAUUGGCAAAAAUUUUAAAGCUGACAAAUCAGCUCGCUUGUGAAGGUUAGGGACAACAGGAACUGCUAAUACUGCUAAUGAGGGUUUAAAUGGUCCAACCCCCUUUGAGAAUAAUUUGAUUGUAUUUAGUAAACCUGAAGAUGCGCACACCUAACACCCAGCAAUUCCACAUGUAGGUAUACACCCCAGACUAUAGAAACUCUCACAUAUGUGCAAAAGGACACAGGUACUAAAAUAUUUAUUGUAGCACUGUUUUUAACAGUAAAAAAUUGGAACCAACAUAAAGGACCAUUGACAGGAGACUGGAGAAAUAAACUGUGGUAUAUUUAUACAAUGAAAUAUUUAAAAUAUAGCAGUGAAAAUGAAUAGACUAUAGCUUCAUGUGUCCACGUGAAUGACUCUCUCAGACAUAAUGCUGAUGAAAAUGAAAGUGACAGAAUAUAUAGAUUGCAGUUUCAUGUAUAUGAAAUUCAAAAACAUGCAAAACCCAACAGACAUAUUAUUCAGGAAUACAUACAUUUUUAUAACUACAACAAAAAAAAUUGUUGUAGUUAUAACCCAUAGCUCAAGAUAAUGAUUACCUAGGAAGCAAGGAUGGGAGUAAGUUGAGAGGAGUGGUGAUGCUAGGUGGGUACAUAGGAGACUUCAAAAAUAUGUUAGAGUCUUCAUUCUUUUCUUGUUUUUUACUCUUUUUAAAUUAACUUUUUAAUUUUUUGUAGUAAGAAUUUUAUUGUGGUAAGAGUUUUCAUUCUUAAGCUCAGUGGUAGGUAGAAGCAGGCUUAUUUUAUUUUUCUUAUCUAUAUUGUACAUACUUAUUUUAUAUUCUUAGUAUGUAUGAAAUAAUUAAAAAUGAAUUUUUUUGUUACUAUGCAUAGUAUGUGUCAAUGGAAAGAGUCAAACUGUAGAAUAUUGGAAGAGAUUUAUUCUAAGCCAAAUAUGAGUAAGCAUGGCCUGUGACACACCCCAAGAGAUUCUGAGAACAUGUGCCCAAGGUGGUCCAGCUACAGCUUGGUUUUAUGCAUUUUAGGGAGACUUAAGACAUCAAUCAAUACAUAUACGAUGUACAUUAUAAGAUGUACGAUGUACAUUGGUUCUGUCCAGAAAGGUGGGACAAAUUGAAGCCUGGGGUGGAUAGUUCAAGGUCAUAAGUCAAUUCAAAGAAUUUCUGAUUGGCAAUUGGUUGAAAGAGUUAUUACCUAAAGACCUGGAAUGAAUAGAAGGGAGUGUCUGGGUUAAGAUAUGCAGUUGUGGAGAACAAGGUUCUUAUUCUUAUCCAGGUAGCAGGCUUCAGAGAGAAUAGAUUGUAAAUGUUUCUUAUCAGACUUAAAAAGGUGCCAGACUCUUAGUUAAUUCUCUCCUGGGUCAGGAAAAAGACCUGGUAAGGGAAGGAGAUUCUCCCAAGAGACAGCUUUGCAAGGGCAUUUCAAAGAAAUAUAUUUUGGGGUAAAAUACUUUGAUUUCUUUCAGGGCCUGCUAUCAGUUAUGUUAAGAGUCUGUUUUGUUAGUCUUAAGGUCUCUGUGUUAAUGUUAAUGCUGGUCAAUUGUGCCUGAAUUCCAAAGGCGGAAGGGUAAAAUGAGGCAUGUCCAACGUUCCCAUCCUGUCUUGGCUUGAACUUUUUCAGGCCAACAACUUUUUUCAGGUUAACUUUGGAAUGCCCUUGGGUCAGGGGGGUGCUUAGAAUUUUAUUUUUGGUUUACAUAUGUAUUAAGCUAAAUAACCUUCUUCUGGUUUGUAUCCUAAUUCUAAAGUGGGUUUCUUUGCCUAACUUGUCCGAAUGCAUACCUACAGUAGUCUCUUUAAUCACAGUGUCUGCUUGGUUCCAAUUACUGUCUGUAAAGGGAAUUCUGUCUUUAUACCUGUAUCUUCCUUUGUAGAGAAUUUACACCCAAACUGUAUAGAGUAAGACUGUCAAUGGGAACAUGCAGAAAGUCAGGAUAGUUUUGCUGAAAUUGAGGGCUGAGAUUAUGGAUAAAUUGAGAGAUUUCUACUUUGCUUUGUGCUGAGUAGCAAUGGUUUUCAUGUCUACAAUUUUUAAAUAACAUUAAAAAUAAUCCAUUUCCCCUUCCUUUUUCACAACUCUCCCCACACUAAAUAUCUUUAGGAACAUAUGGUAGUUACAAGGAAAAGCCAAGUGAAUAUCUGAAACAUUAAUGUGCCAUGCUGCUAUCAUUACAAGAAUAAAGAAAACUGGGAAUCCAGAAAUCUCCUAACACAACAACUGUUGCCUGCCAAUUCUUAUAUCAAAUAAAAAUCAUCAUCUAGGGCAAGGAUGGUUGCACGGUGACUAAGCAGGCAGAUGGCAGGUGUGAGUCAAAACACUCUGGAGUGCUAGCUCAAAUCAUUUUGCAUUACUCACUGCUGGAAAGAUAGGGAAUCAAAAAACAAAUUGCACAUUGGACUAGGAGUAAAAUACUGAAAACUCAACUCACAGAAAUAUAAAAGGUAAAGAAGACAACCGCAAUUGUAAAUGUCAUGUUGUAACUUCUAAAGCAAAUUCUUUAGGUCUGCCCUGUGAUCUUUCUCUGCCUCCAUCUGAUUUAAGCCUCCUCUAUCUGUCCUAGCUGGCAGUUCCUUGUGAUUCACAAGAAGGUAAUUGUUUCUCCACUUUACCACCCCUGCCAGAACUGGGACCACCUGUUUCAAAAGUAACCUGGCUGCAUUCCUGAAGGCAAUGUUCCAAGGCUAGAGAUAAGAUGUUAACCACCUCCUUGCCUGGCAAGAACCCAUGGUGGUUCACUGCCUUAGCAGUGGGUCAGUUCCUGGGAGUGAGCAAAUCUAAUUUUUAUAUAUUAGAUUCAGGGAAAAAAACAAAAACUCAAGCACUCUGUUUUAUUUGCAUAACUGCUUUACAUAUUGCUAUCAUAAAGAAGAUUAGCUUUAACGAACAUGAAUGUAAUUAUAGAAAAGGGCCCUAGGUGGAGCCUCAGUACUGGUGGCAACAAAUGGAAGAACAAAUUGAAAAUACAUCGAAGCCCUCCAAAAAUUACAUAAUUGCAUUUUAUAGAACUAACCUGUUUGUUGUUAUUGUUGUUUCUCCAGCAUAGGAAACAGCUGGAUAUAAAAAAAGAUGCUUUGUUAGUUAAGAAUAAACCUUAAAAGAGCUUUGUUCUGUAAUCAAGAAUGAAAGCGCAUUAAUGCUGGUAUUCUGUCUCUGAUGGAGUUUCUACAAGGCAGUGUGUAUGGUAGAGAACUGUCCCUAACCUUAGCACAUUCUCCUGAAUGAACGUCUCUCCUUUCUCCUUAUAAGGACAUUGCCACUUGUUUAUCUAUUUACACAUAGUAAAACCAUCUUACAUUGUAAAAGAAAUAAUCAGGAUUAUUUUUAAGAUGACUUGCUUUUAUUAGAUUAUAAACACAGAACCUGUAAGAAGUCAAAAUUACUUUUUUCUGGUUUUGUUUUGUUCUGCUUUGCUUUGUUUGUCAUCACUGACAAAUAACCUAGACAGACUUACUAGGUUUUUUUCCUAGCUUUAUUGAGGUAUAAUUGGCAAAUAGAAAUUGUAUAUAUUCAAGGUGUACAACAUGAUGAUUGGAUAUACAUGCACACUGUAAAAUGAUUACCACAGCCAAAUUAAUUAACAUAUCCAUCACCCAACCUAAGAAAUUAAACACUGCAAAAAUUUAAAAUCUAUUGGUAACACCCUUUGAUCACAGCCAAGUACCUUUACCUUCAUGGCAUAGUUAAUUUGGUGUUUAUGAUUUAAGUAUAUGUAUAAAAUUGUACUAUAUACAUAUAUAUCAUUAAAUAAAACAUAAUGUAUCAGUACUUCUAAAUUUAUAUACUUGGUUACAUACUAUAUGUGUGUUCUGCAAUUUCUUGUUUUCUCAGCAUUAUGUUUGUGAGGUUUACCCAUAAUGAUCUAAGAAGCUCUAUUCAUUUUUUAAAAAAUAAACUCUUUUUUUGGAAUAAUUUUAGACUUUCAGAAAAGUUGCAGAAUACAGAGAACUUCCAUACACCAUUCCCCCAACCUCUUCUAAUGUUAACAUCCUACACAACAAUGGGACAUUUGUCCAUACUAAGAAAUUCACAUUGGUAUGUUGUAAUUACCUAAACCACAAACUUUAUUUGGAUAUCACCAGUUUUUCCACUAGUGUCCUUUUUCUGUUCCAGAGUUCAAUCCAGAAUACCACAUUGCAUUUAGUAUUAACUCAUUUUUUCUGCUGUAUGAUUACACUACAAUUUAUUUCUUCAUUAUAUUGAUAGAUGUUUAGAUUUCAUUAAUGUACCUGAUGAUAUCGUUGUAUACACAUAUGAUAUCUUCAUGCACGUAAUAUAUAAAGCAUGCUCUUCAAAGUAGUAAUAUCAAUUUAUUUACACUCUCACAAAUAUAUUAAAUUUCCCACUGCUCCAAAUUCUUUCCAACUCUUGGUAUCAUGAGAUUACAUUUCUACCAAUUUUAUGGAUAUAAAAUGGCAUCUAUUUUUAUUUUAUUUUAUUUUAUUUAUUUAUUUAUUUUGAGACAUAGUCUCGCUCUGUCGCCCAGGCUGGAGUGCAGUGGCGUGAUCUCGGCUCACUGCAAGCUCUGCUUGCCGGGUUCAGGCCAUUCUCCUGCCUCAGCCUCCCGAGGAGCUGGGAGUACAGGCGCCCGCCACCACGCCCGGCUAAUUUUUUGUAUUUUCAGUAGAGAUGGGGUUUCACUGUGUUAGCCAGGAUGGUCUCGAUCUCCUGACCUCGUGAUCCGCCCGCCUUGGCCUCGAAAAGUGCUGGGAUUACAGGCGUGAGCCACUGCGCCCGGCCUAUUUUUAUUUACAAUUAUUCUAUUACUAGUGAGAUUGAGCAUUUUCAUGUGUGUUCAUGUUAAUUGCUAUUUGAUUUUUUGGUAGGGAUUUGUAGACAUUUUAUAUAUAUGUACACAUACUCUAUGCUAAAUAUUUGUUGCCAAUAUGCAUUGAAAUGUCUUCUCUAGUUAGUGGUUUGUCUGCUCUCACUUUUUAAAACGGUGUCUUUAGAUGCACAGACAUUUUAAAUGUUAAUGUGGUCUAAUUGAUUCAUAAUCUUUUCCUUAAAGGUUUCAUUUUCUAUUUAUUGAUAUCAAAAUCUUUCCCAACUCUGAAAGCACAAAAAUAUUCUUCUAUACUUUAUUCCAAAAGUUUGAAGAUUUUACUUUGUAUAUGUUGGUCUUUACUUGAGGCAGAUUUUGUACAUCAUGUGAGGUAGAAAUCCAAUUUUAUUUUUCCCUCUGUAUAGAUACCCAUCAUCUCAGCAGUAUUUAUUAAAUGGUUUAUCUUUCCCUACUGAUCUGCAAUGCCACUGAUGUUAAAUCUCAAGUUUCCAUACGGGCCUGGAUCUGUUUCUGGAUUCGUUGUUCCUUCCACUGUUCUCUUUUCCCUAUUCUUUUGCUAAUACCACACUAUUGUAAUUACCAUAUUUUUAUUAUUAAGUCUUAAUAUCAGGAUGAGGUCCCACUUUGUAGUUUUUCUUCAAGAGUGACCUGGUUAUUUUUGCCCUAUGUUCUCUCAUUUCUUUGGAAGGAUUCUGAUGACUCUUUCUUUGUUAAAGUCCACAAAACAAAACAAAAACUUGGUGGAAUCUGGAAUUGUGAUGAAUUUGAAGGAAAAUUGAUAUGUUUAUGUUCUGAGUAUUUGUAUCCACAUACAUGAUAUAUUAGUAGGUCUCUUUUAAAGUAUCAAUAAAGGCUUAUAAAUUUUUCUUAAAGUCUACACAACUAUUGGUAAAUUUUUGAUACCUUAUUUUUGUUUUUAAAUGUUACUUUAAAAAUUAUAUUGUAUAACUAUUGCUGAUGUAGAGGAAUGCAAUUGAUUUUCAUACAUUUAAACUUGCUGAAUGUAUUAUUAUGUUUAACAAUUUGUCAUUAGUUUCUUUUGGGUUUUCUCUGUGGAAAUUAAUUAUUUGCAAAUAACACAGUUUCAAUUCUUCAUUUGCACCCUUUGUAUGUUUUAUUUGUGUAUUUCCUCUUGAAUUCUGUAAUUACUAGGUACAAGAUUCUAUGUGUGUCUGUUUGGGUCAGCUAUUGCUGUUUUUGAGUAGGAAAAAUAAUUUUUCUCCUGACCCCCUUAUAGUUCUUAGCUAGAACACCUCUAACAAAAAGCAGAUUAAGAGGAGAAAAACAAGUUUAUUCAUGCUUGCAGAGCACAUCAUGUGGGAGAAACCUGCCUGAAAAGUAAUUCAAAGCAGUUAUUUACAACUCUGACUUGAAUUAUUAACAGCAUCUUCAACAAAGAACAAUAAAUUUGUGGAGAAAUGACAGGACAAAGGAAAGUGGUUUUAGCCUUCCACAGGUGGGAAACUGUGGGAAGGGAAUAUAUGGGGAGAAACUAAUGGAAUGAGGUUUGUUUGCAGAUUCUCUGGUGCCUUCUCUCCAGAAAAUCAAUUCUUCAACAAGUUACUAAGUUAUCUCCAGUAAAGGAGAAUUUACAUCCUGUCUUUGGGCAGAACAGCGGGGGAUAGAGAGAGAUUUUCCUCUCUUUGUUGCUAUUUAAUUGCCUUCAGCUCAAAAAUAAUUUUUAUGUCAAGGAAACAUUUUUGGGGUAAAAUAUUCUGGUUUUCUUCUCUGUGUAACAAACUAUUCUAAAAUCUAGUGGUCCUUCAGUUUGGGGAGAAGAAGUUCUGGAGAUAGAUGGUGGUGAUUGUUAUAAAACAGUGUGAGUUUACUUAAUGCCACUGAAAUGUACACUUAAAAAUGGCUAAAAUGGUAAAUUUAAUGUUAUGUACAUUUUACUACAAUAACAAAUCACUUAGUGAUGUAACAACAAUUUGUUAGUGGUAUAUCUUAUGACUCUGGCAUUAGGAAUUUAUUCAAAGCACAGCAAAUACAGGUCUUUGAUGUCUGGGGCCCAGCUGGGAUGACUCAGAUGGUUGGGGGUUAGAACAGCUAAGGGCUGGCUGGACAUCUCUCUCUUCUCUCCACACAGCCCCUCUAGGUGGCUAACUUGGAUUUUUUCAUAGCAUAGUGGUCACAGGGUAGUUGGACUUCUUACAUGGCAUCUCAGGUCAACCAAAAAUCAAAAUGAAAGCUGACAGUCCUUACAGAUUUGUCCCUGAAGGAGUAUGAUGUCAAUUCCACUGUACUUGAUUGAUCUAAGCAGUCAAGGGGAAGGAAGAAGACCUACCUCUCAAUGGGAAGAAUAACAAAGAACUACAGCCAUCUCUCAUCAACCACAAUGUCCAUUUAGAUGAAGCUUUUUCAAUUCUUUUUUAAAAAAACUAUAGUCACCUUGCUGUAUAGUAGAACUUUUGAACUUAUUCCUCCCACCUAACUGAAAUUUUGUGUCCUUUGACUGGUAUCUCUUGUUUGUUAAAAUCCUGGAUAGUCUUACUAAUGUUUGUCUGACUGAUUUAUCAGUUUAUACGAGAGCUGAGUUAAAAUUUCCCAUACUAUACUGGUGGGUUUAUUAAUAUCUUUUGUAAUUUUGUCAAUUUUUAAGCUAAGAAGAUAGGUUUAUACUCAUUUAAAAAUUUUAAAGUUUUCCUGUGAAUUGUACUUUCUCAUGUCAUAUAAUGAUGCUGUUUAUUCCCUAUAAUAAUUAUUUUCCAAGGACAGUCCUGGUUUAUGCUUGUGCCCCUGAGAAAUUAUUGAGUGGACUUUCUCACUCUCAAACAUAUCCUUUGGAUAAUAGAUCAAGUAACCCUUCAAAUAUUUUUUUUUUACUUAAAGUUAUUUCUUUCAGAUAUUAAUAUAGAUAUAGCAGCUGCACUUUGUUAUAUCCUUUUCCAUUUUAAACUUUCAUGUUACUUAACCCUUUGUUUCAGAAAAUUCCCAUAUAGCUAAAUUUUUUAAAAUAUUUUAUUUUAUCUAUUCUCAAAUUGAGUCUUUAACUGGUGAGUCAGUCUAUUUUCAUUGGUUGUGAUUACUGAUAUUUGGUUGUGUUUUUAGCAUCUUCCUUUUUGCUCCCUGUCUUGCAUUUGCUCUGUUUAUUUUUAAUUUUCUUUGGGAUAUAUUAAAUGUUUGUAAGUUUUUUUUCCAAAGGAAGUUAGAAAUUCUAUUUUUGCCCUUUUAGUAAUUACCCUUUAUUGUUUUAAAACAUUGCUAUGUAACUAGCAAAGCCAAAGUUAGUCACUAUGAUAGCCUAUUCCCUAAACAAUGCAAGGACCUUAAAAUAUCUUAAUUCCAAACCCUAUCAUACAAACUAUUUUUGUCCUGCCUUGUGAUUACAUAUUUUUAUUAAAACUUCCCGAAUUCAAUAUUAUAAAUAAUAUCAUUUUAUGACAUCUCUUUGUUUAGGCAUAAGCACAUUUUAAGACUAUAUUUGAACACAAAUACUUCUUGAAUCUCACUGUGUUUCUCUGUGUUCACUUUCCUUCUUCCUGUAGUUUCCUUCUUCAGAAGUGCUUCAGUAAUCAUUUGUUAGUGGUAAAGGCUCUUAGAUUUUGUUCAUUUGAAAAUGUCUGCAUUUCAUCAUUAUUCUUGUAUGGUAAUCUUAAGUCAGCCAUACAAGCAUUGGUUAGCAGUCAUUUCCUCGUAGCAUUCGAAAGAUAGUUUAUUGUCCUCCUUUUUUGUUGCUGUUGAAAAGUCAGCUUUGGGUCUAAUCAAUAGUUUAUUUUUUCUUGACUGUUUUGAAGAUCUUAUAUUUAUCUGUGUAUUGCACUUAUACUCUAAAUCUGGUUUUCUAUAGUGUUGUUAAAUCAACAUUAUUGGGGUAUAAUUUACAUACAGUAAAAUGUAUUCAUUUAAAAUGCACACGUCGAUAAGUUUUAAAAAAUUUAUAAACCCAUGAAACCACCACCACAAUUAAGCUCGAUAACAUUUUCAUAACCCCAAAUGUUUCUUUGAUGCCCCUUCUAAGGCAUUCCCCACCCCAAACCUGGCUCCUCCUUUCAGUCGCUAUAGAUCAGAAUUGUUUUUUCUAGAAUUUCCUAUAAAUGAACUUUAUGUACCCUCUGGUAUCUGGCUUAUUUUGCUCAGCAUAACGUUUUUGCGAAUAAUCCAUGUGUUGCAUGUCUCAGUGUACAUUUUCUCACAAGAUUUGUAGUUUUAGCUUUUACAUUUAUAAAUUUAGUAUCCAUUUUAGAGUUACUUUUUGUGCAUAGUACAAGGUAAAAGUGGAGGUUCUCUUCCCUCUCUCUGUCUCUCUUUUUUGAAAAAUAACUUGUCAGUUGUCGGGCAUCAUUUGUUGAAAAAACAAAACAAAACGAAACUAUCUUGUCCCAUUGAAUUGCCCUGGAAUUAAUUGACCAUAUAUGUGUAUGUAUGUUUCUGAACUUUCUAUUUUGUUUCAGUGAUCUAUACGUUUAGCCUUAUGCCAAUAUCACACUGCCUUGUUUACUGCAGCCUUAUAGUAAGUCUUGAAAUCAGGUAGUGGAAGUUCUUCUUCUCCUUUUUUCUCCUCUUCCUCCACUUCCCUUUCUUGGCACAAUGAGCUAUUUAAAGUAUAAAGGGUUAAAACCUUAGUAUUAAACUCUUGGCAAAUGUAUAUUAAGAUAUAUAACCAUAUAUACUAAACCCUUUACUAUGCUCAGGUUAAUGUUCUAGAUAUUUAUCCUCAGACUAAUCAAUAAAAUUUCCAAGGAAAUCAAAGUAUUGUUAGCAUUUCCUCCACUGAUCUAGCUUAACAUACUAGAAAGGUAAAGUGACAUUAAAAAUUAAAAAUGAAUAAAGACAAAAAAAGUAAAGCUGCUAUAUCUACAUUAAAAUCUAAACAAAGGAUGUAAGGGGAAGAUGGCUGAAAAGGAAGAGCUCCGGUCUGCAGCUCCCAGUGUGAUCAACGCAGAAGACAGGUGAUUUCUGCAUUUCCAACUGAGGUACCUGGUUCAUCUCACUGGGACUGGUUGGACAGUGGGUGUAGCCCACUGAGGGUGAGCCAAAGCAGGGCGGGGCAUCGCCUCACCCGGGAAGCACAAGGGGUUGGGGGAUUUCCCUUUCCUAGCCAAGGGAAGCUGUGACAGACUACCUGGGAAAAUGGGGCACUCCCGCCCAAAUGCAAUGCUUUUCCCAAGGUCUUAGCAACCGGCAGACAAGGUGAUUCUCUCCUGUGCCUGGACCGGUGGGUCCCAGGCCCAUGGAGCCUUGCACACUGCUAGCGCAGCAGUCUGAGUUCAAUCUGCAAGGUGGCAGCCUGGCUGGGAGAGGGGCAUCUGCCAUUGCUGAGGCUUGAGUAGGUAAACAAAGCAGCCGGGAAGCUCAAACUAGGCGGAGCCCACCACAGCUCAACAAGGCCUGCUGCCUCUAGACUGCACCUCUGUGGGCAGGGCAUAGCUGAACAAAAGACAGCAGACAACUUCUGCAGACUUAAAUGUCCCUGUCUGACAGCUCUGAAGAGAGCAGUCAGCAUGUUCUCUCAGCUUGAUGUUGGAGCUCUGAGAAUGGACAGACUGCCUCCUCAAGUGGGUCCCUGAACACUGUGUAGCCUAACUGGGAGACACCUCCCAGUAGGGGCCAACAGACACCUCAUGUGGGUGGAUGCCUCUCUGGGACAAAGCUUCCAGAGGAAGGAUCAGGCAGCAAUAUUUGCUGUACUGCAAAAUUUGCUGUUCUGCAGCCUUCGCUAGUGAUACCCAGGAAAACAGCAUCCAGAGUGGACCUCCAGCAAACCCCAACAGAUCUGCAGCUGAGGUACCUGACUGUUAGAAGGAAAACUAACAAACAGAAAAGAAUAGCAUCAACAUCAACAAAAAGGCCAUCUACACCAGCACCCCAUCUGUAGGUCACCAACAUCAAAUACCAAAGGUUGAUAAAACCACAGAGAUGGGGAGGAGCCAGAGCAGAAAAGCUGAAAAUUCUAAAAAUCAGAGUGCCUCUUCUCCCACAAAGGAUUGCAGCUCCUCGCCAGCAACAGAACAAAGCUGGACAGAGAUUGACUUUUACAGGUAGACAGAAGUAGACUUCAGAAAUUCAGUAAUAACAAACUUCUCCGAGCUAAAGGAGGAUGUUCAAACCCAUUGAAAGGAAGAUAAAAACCUUGAAAAAAGAUUAGAUGAAUAGCUAACUAGAAUAAACAGUGUAGAGAAGACCUUAAAUGACCUGAUGGAGCUGAAAACCAUGGUAUGAGAACUACAUGAUGCAUGCACAAGCUUCAAUAGCUGAUUCGAUCAAGUUGAAGAAAGGGUAACAGUGAUGGAAGAUCAAAUUAAUGAAAUUAAAGUGAGAAGACAGGGUUAGAGAAAAAAGAGUAAAAAGAAACAAAGCCUCCAAGAAAUAUGGGACUAUGUGAAAAGACCAAAUCUAUAUGUGAUUGGUGUACCUGAAAGUGAUGGGGAGAAUGGAACCAAGUUGGAAAACACACUGCAGGAUAUUAUCCAGGAGAACUUCCCCAACCUGGCAAGGCAGGCCAACAUUAAAAUUCAGGAAAUACAGAGAACACCACAAAGAUACUCCUCGAGAAGAGCAACUCCAAGACGCAUAAUUGUCAGAUUCACCAAGGAUGAAAUGAAAGAAAAAGUGUUAAGGGCACCCAGAGACAAAGGUUGAGUUACCCACAAAGGGAAGCCCAUGAGACUAGCAGUGGAUUUCUCAGCAGAAACCCCACAAGCCAGAAGAGAGUGGGGGCAAAUAUUCAACAUUCUUAAAGAAAAGAAUUUUCAACCCAGAAUUUCAUAUCCAGCCAAACUAAGCUUCAUAAGUGAAGGAGAAAUAAAAUCCUUUACAGACAAGCAAAUACUGAGAGAUUUUGUCACCACCAGGCCGGCCUUACAAGAGCUCCCGAAGGAAGCACUAAACAUGGAAAGGAACAACCAGUACCAGCCACUGCAAAAACAUGCCAAAUUGUAAAGACCAUCGAUGCUAUGAAGAAACUGCAAUAAUGAAUGGGCAAAAUAACCAGCGAACAUCAUAAUGAUGGGAUCAAAUUCACACAUAACAAUAUUAACCUUAAAUGUAAAUGGGCUAAAUGCCCCAAUUAAAAGACACAGACUGACAAAUUGGAUAGAGUCAAGACCCAUCAGUUUGCUGUAUUCAGGAGACCCAUCUCAUGUGCAGAGACACACAUAAGCUCAAAAUAAAGGGAUGGAGGAAGAUCUAUCAAGCAAAUGGAAAGCAAAAAAAGGCAAGGGUUGCAAUCCUAGUCUCUGAUAAAACAGACUUUAAACCAACAAAGAUCAAAAGAGACAAAGAAGGCCAUUACAUAAUGGUAAAGGGAUCAAUUCCGCAAGAAGAGCUAACUAUCCUAAAUAUAUAUGCAGCCAAUUCAGGAGCACCCAGAUUUAUAAAGCAAGUCCUCAUAGACCUAGAAAGAGACUUAGACUCCCACACAAUAAUAAUGGGAGACUUUAACACCCCACUGUCACUUACACAGAUCAAAGAGACAGAAUAUUAACAAGGAUAUCCAGUACCUGAACUCAGCUCUGCAACAAGCAGGUCUAAUAGACAUCUAGAGAACUCUUCACCCCAAAUCAACAGAAUAUACAUUCUUCUCAGCACCACAUCACACCUACUCUAAAAUUGACCACAUAAUUGGAAGUAAAGCACUCCUCAGCAAAUGUAAAAGAACAGAAAUCACAACAAACUGUCUCUCAGACCACAGCGCAAUCAAAGUAGAACUCAGGAUUAAGAAACUCACUCAAAACCACGCAACUACAUGGAAUCUGAACAACUUGCUCCUGAAUGACUACUGGGUGCAUAACAAAAUGAAGGCAGAAAUAAAGAUGUUCUUUGAAACCAAAGAGAACAAAGACAAAACACAUCAGAAUCUCUGAGACACAUUUAAAGCAGUGUGUAGAGGGAAAUUUAUAGCACUAAAUGUCCACAGGAGAAAGCAGGAAAGAUCUAAAAUCGACACACUAACAUCACAAUUAAAAGAACUAAAGAAGCAAGAGCAAACAGAUUCAAAAGCUAGCAGAAGGCAAGAAAUUAAGAUCAGAGCAGAACUGAAAGAGACAGAGACACAAAAAAACCUUCCAAAUUCAAUGAAGCCAGGAGCUGGUUUCUUGAAAAGAUCAACAAAAUUGAUAGACUGCUAGCAAGACUAAUAAACAAGAAAAGAGAGAAGAAUCAAAUAAAUGCAGUAAAAAAUGAUAAAUGGGAUAUCAUCACUGAUCCCACAGAAAUACAAACUACCAUCAGAGAAUACUAUAAACACCUCUAUGCAAAUAAACUAGAAAAUCUACAAGAAAUGGAUAAAUUCCUGGACACAUACACCCUCCCAAGAAUAACCAAGGAAGAAGUUGAAUAUCUGAAUAGACCAAUAACAGGCUCUGAAAUUGAGGCAAUAAUUAAUAGCCUACCAACCAAAAAAAGUCCAGGACCAGACAGAUUCACAGCCGAAUUCUACCAGAGGUACAAGGAGAAGCUGGUACCAUUCCUUCUGAAACGAUUCCAAUCAACAGAAAAAGAGGGAACCCUCCCUAACUCAUUUUAUGAGGCCAGCAUCAUCCUGAUACCAAAGCCCAGCAGAGACACAACCAAAAAAGAGAAUUUUAGACCAAUAUCCCUGAAGAACAUCAAUGCAAAAAUCCUCAAUAAAAUACUGGCAAACCAAAUCCAGCAGCACUUCAAAAAGCUUAUCCACCACAAUCAAAUUGGCUUCAUCCCUGGGAUGCAAGGCUGGUUCAACAUAUGCAAAUCAAUAAACGUAAUCCAUCACAUAAACAGAACCAAUGACAGAAACCACAUGAUUAUCUCAAUAGAUGCAGAAAAGGCCUUCGACAAAAUUCAACAGCCCUUCAUGCUAAAAACUCUCAAUAAACUACGUAUUGAUGGAACAUAUCUCCAAAUAAUAAGAGCUAUUUAUGACAAACCCACAGCCAAUAUCAUACUGAAUGGGCAAAAACUGGAAGCAUUCCCUUUGAAAACCGGCACAAAACAAGGAUGCCCUCUCUCACCACUUCAACAUAGUGUUGGAAGUUCUGGCCAGGGCAAUCAGGCAAGAGAAAGAAAGGGUAUUCAAUUAGGAAAUGAGGAAGUCAAAUUGUCCCUGUUUGCAGAUGACAUGAUUGUAUAUUUAGAAAACCCCAUCGUCUCAGUCCAAAAUCUCCUCAAGCUGAUAAGCAACUUCAGCAAAGUCUCAGGAUACAAAAUCAAUGUGCAAAAAUCACAAGCAAUCCUAUACACCAUUAACAGACAAACAGAGAGCCAAAUCAUGAGUGAAGUCCCGUUUACAGUUGCCACUAAGAGAAUAAAAUACCUAGGAAUCCAACUUACAAGGAUGUGAAGGACCUCUUCGAGGAGAACUACAAACCUCUGCUCCAUGAAAUAAAAGAGGACACAAACAAAUGGAAGGAUAUUCCAUGCUCAUGGAUAGGAAGAAUCUAUAUCAUGAAAAUGGCCAUACUGCCCAAGGUAAUGUAUAGAUUUAAUGCCAUCCCCAUCAAGCUACCGAUGACUUUCUUCACAGAGUUGGAAAAAACUAUUUUAAAGUUCAUUUGGAACCAAAAAAGAGCCCUCAUAGCCAAGACAAUCCUAAGCAAAAACAACAAAACUGGAGGCAUCAUGCUACCUGACUUCAAACUAUACUACAAGGCUACAGUAACCAAAACAGCAUGGUACUCAUACCAAAACAGAUAUAUAGAACAAUGGAACAGAACAGAGGCCUCAGAAAUAACACCACACAUCUACAACCAUCUAAUCUUUGACAAACCUGACAAACACAAGCAAUGGGGAAAGGAUUCCCUAUUUAAUAAAUGGUGCUGGAAAAACUGACUAGCCAUAUGUAGAAAGCUGAAACUGGAUCCCUUCCUUACACCUUAUACAAAAAUUAAUUCAAGAUGGAUUAAGGAUUUAAAUGUUAGACCUAAAACCAUAAAAACCCUAGAAGAAAACCUAGGCAAUACCAUUCAGGACGUAGGCAUGGGCAAGGACUUCAUGACUAAAACACCAAAAGCAAUGGCAAGAAAAGCCAAAAUAGACAAAUGGGAUGUAAUUAAAGUAAGGAGCUUCUGCACGGCGAAAGAAACUACUAGCAGAGUGAACAGGCAACCUACAGAAUGGGAGAAAAUUUUUGCAAUCUACCCAUCUGACAAAGGGCUAAUAUCCAGAAUCUACAAAGAACUCAAACAAAUUUACAAGAAAAAAAACAACCCCAUCAAAAAGUGGGCAAAGGAUAUGAAAAGACACUUCUCAAAAGAAGACAUCUAUGCAGCCAACAGACACAGAAAAAAUGUUCAUCAUCACUGGUCAUCAGAGAAAUGCAAAUUAAAACCACAAUGAGAUACCAUCUCACACCAGUUAGAAUGGCAAUUAUUAAAAAGUCAGGAAACAACAGAUGCUGGCGAGGAAGUGGAGAAAUAGGAAUGCUUUUACACUGUUGGUGGGAGUAUAAAUUAGUUCAACCAUUGUGGAACACAGUGUGGUGAUUCCUCAAGGAUCUAGAGCUAGAAUUGCCAUUUGACCCAGCAAUCUCAUUACUGGUUAUAUACCGAAAGGAUUAUAAAUUAUGCUACUAUAAAGACACAUGCACAAGUAUGUUUAUUGCGGCACUAUUUACAAUAGCAAAGACUUGGAACCAACCCAAAUGCCCAUCAGUGAUAGACUGUAUAAAGAAAAUGUGGCACAUAUACACCAUGGAAUACUAUGCAGCCAUAAAAAAGAUGAGUUCAUGUCCUUUGCAGGGACAUGGAUGAAGCUGGAAACCAUCAUUCUCAGCAAACAAUCACAAGGACAGAAAACUAAACACUGCAUGUUCUCACUCAUAGAUGGGAAUUGAACAAUGAGAUCACUUGGACACAGGGUGGGGAACAUCACACACCAGGGCCUGUCAGGGGGUGGGGAGCUGGGGGAGGGGUAGCAUUAGGAGAAAUACCUAAUGUAAAUGAUGAGCUGAUGGGUGCAGCAAACCAACAUGGCACAUGUAUACCUAUGUAUGAAAUCUGCACGUUGUGCACAUGUACCCUAGAAUGUUUGGAGUUUAUGCAUUUUGCAUUUUUUUUAAAAAGUGGUUUAUUUUUAUUACUUUCUUUUUCUAUGUCUAAAUGAUGAGAUAAAACAGAAGGGUUCAGACUGCUGUAUGCAAGUGACAUUCUGCAAAUAUUAUGAUGUGUGUAUUGCUGGUCUUCAUUUCUAAUAACAAGAGGCCAAAUCGGAUCUAAUUGUCACUAUUUUCUCUUUAUGACUUUGGUUUCAGAGAUACAAGAGACAUUGUGAUGAGCCAUAUAAACAGUCUGAUGGGCUGAAUGCAAUUUGUAUGUCUAGUGAAUGAAAAUAGUCUUGGUUCAAAAUCGUAGAAUUAUGAUUUUGUGGUCCUCAUUUACUUUAUUUUAUUUCUACUUUAUUCCAGCAAACGUUUUAUAUUUUCUACUUUUUGCCAGCAUUUCAUUAUGGGUAUAUAUUAAGCACCAUAUGACUUUUUAAAAUAUUGCUGUAGAGCAGUCAAAGCUCACAUGAGACGCCACCCAAGCAGCUGUCAUAUGAAUGCAUAUCUGUUGUUCAAGGAAUGUAUGCUUCAUGUACCGGUGAGCAUGCAUUCAGAGACUUCCAAAGUGUUUCCAUUUUAAUGGGUAGUGGGGGAUGCUAAAGGAUUAUUUUAAUUGUUAUUUUUCCAAAUGGAAAUGUAAAAGACUCCACUGCCACGUGAAUGCAACACUGUAGACCUUCCUGAAUGCCUUUCAGAACCCCCUCCAUUUGGCAGUGUCUGAGCUCCCCUCCUGUCCUGAUAGUCCAUGAUGCUCACCAGCACCCUCUGGGAAAAUGACCCCUUAUUUUCCCUUAGGAGGAGAAAGAUGUGUAGGUCCCAAGGCCCAUGUUCUAGGGAAGUGUGAUGCAGAUUUGAACCAAUUACACAUAGAGUGGAACAUAUGAUAAUUUGAGGGAUCACAUCAAAUUAUCCGGAUUGACACCAAAAUGAAGAAGUAGUGAGAGCCUGUCAGAUAAGAAAAAUUUUAAGGACUGGUAAUGUCCAGUGUUGAUGAGAGUGUGGGGAAAUGGAUACUCUUUAGUUGGUUUUGCUUUUAAGAUAGUUUAGCAGAAUCUGUCAAUGUUUUAAAUGCAUGUAUCUUUUGACCCAGCAGUUUCUAUAGGAUUCUCUCUUACAGAUAUACCCAUACUUGUGAACAAAUAUACCAUAUUUCAUCAAAUCUAAAACACCCUAAAUUGUAAAGUGUGCUAUUAUUUUAUGUACCAUUAAGAAAACAAAAUGUGCUAUUAUUUUAUGUACCAUUAAGAAAACAAAACCCACCUUUUUUUAAAAAAAAAUCUAAACAAAGGAUAAUUUUAAAUAAAAACACAUUAUAUAAAGGGCCAUCAUAUGAUUUAUUAUCCAAGGAACAUGUUUGACAGUCAGAAGGGCCACAAUGAAUAGAUUCUUCAAACUUGGAUAAUUUUUCCAUCAAUUUAGUCUGAAAAUUUGCACAGCAGAUGAUUUUUCAAGCCUAUAGCCUUCUUUCUUCUCCUUCCAUUUUGUAUACCACUAGAUUGUUCAUUGUUUUAAAUGGUGAACUAAUUUUUAAAUUUAAAAAAAAUCUUUAUGUCUUUCAAGAUAAAUGGCAAACUCUUGGAAAGUCAGAAAAAAAUUUGUCUAGUCUUCUUCAUUUACUUUGUAUCCCUAACAUUUAUGAAAAUUAUUUGUAAAUAAAAUAAGAGGCAUUGAGAUUAAAAUUGGAGAUAAAGUUGCUGAUGUGUUGUUUUCCUGAGGUAUUUUUUUUCUUAAUUCUGAUCUUUGUUUCCCAAUACAAUCACACUCACACUUACCCUUGCAGUUCAGUUUCCUGAUGACUCUCUAGUGCGCCAGAUCUGUGUUUCUAUGUCAGUGAUCUGUUCCCCAUCUUCUCCAUGAAUUCAAAUAUUGCUCACUCUGUAAGGUCUAGGCCAAGUCCCUAAGAAGUAUUUCUUAAGUGUUAUACUUCACAUUCAUUUCUUCCUACCUUGUAUCAUUGGGAAAGAUGUAAUUUACUUUUUUGCUUUUUUUUUUCCUUUUUCUUUUAAUCAAGAUAUAGCUGUAAAGCAAUCUUGUCCGACCUGUGGCCCACGAGCUACAUGUGGCCCAGGACAGCUCUGAAUGCAGCCCAUCACAAAUUCAUAAACUUCUUAAAAUGUUAUAAGAUUUGGCCAGGCGCAGUGGCUCACACCUGUAAUCCCAGCACUUUGGGAGGCCGAGGCAGGCGGA